GUCAAUCAGGCGCGCGGCUGGGAGUAGGGUGCGAGGUUCAAAGAGCCCGCGGCGUCUUCACGUCCCUGCGCUCAGCUCUAGCCUCAGUCGCUGAGAGACGCCCUGGAACGUCUGUGUAGUCUCAGUCGCUGAGAGACGCCCUGGAACGUCUGUGGCAGCAUCUGUCACAGUGGGACCCGCACUGGCAGCGGGAGGCAGAGGGAGGACCCUGGAACAUCCCGGAAGCCGGGAAAUGGACGUUGUGGCCUUUGAGGAUGUGGCUGUGAACUUCACCCAGGAGGAAUGGGCUUUGCUGGGUCCAUCACAGAAGAAUUUGUACAGAUAUGUGAUGCAAGAAACCAUCAGGAACCUGGACUGUAUAAGAAUGAUAUGGGAAGAACAGAAUACUGAAGAUCAGUACAAAAAUCCUAGGAGAAAUCUAAGAUGUCAUAUGGUAGAGAGAUUCAGUGAAAGUAAAGACAGUAGUCAAUGUGGAGAAACAUUUAGCCUCAUUCGAGAUAGUAUUGUGAACAACAGCACUUGUCCUGGAGAAGAUCCAUGUCAAAGCGCUGAGUGUGAAGAAGUCAUAAUGGGUCAUUUAUCCCUUAAUAGCCACAUCAGAGUUGAUUCUGGACACAAACCACGUGAGUAUCAGGAAUAUGGAGAGAAGCCACAUACACAUAAACAACGUGGGAAAGCCUUCAGUUACCAUCACUCCUUUCAGUCACGUGGAAGGCCUCACACUGGAAAGAAACGCUAUGAGUGUAAGGAAUGUGGAAAAACCUUCAGUUCUCAUAGAAACCUUCGAAGACACAUGGUAGUGCAAGGUGGAAAUAGACCUUAUAAAUGUAAGUUGUGUGGAAAAGCUUUUUUUUGGCCCAGUUUAUUACGUAUGCAUGAAAGAACUCACACUGGAGAGAAACCGUAUGAGUGUAAGCAGUGUUCUAAAGCGUUUCCUUUUUACAGUUCCUAUCGAAGACAUGAGAGAAUGCACACUGGGGAGAAACCGUAUGAAUGUAAGCAGUGUUCUAAAGCCUUGCCUGAUUCCAGUUCCUAUAUAAGACAUGAAAGAACUCACACUGGAGAGAAACCCUAUACAUGUAAACAGUGUGGGAAAGCCUUCAGUGUUUCCAGUUCCCUUCGAAGACAUGAAACCACUCACAGUGCAGAGAAACCCUAUGAGUGUAAGCAAUGCGGGAAAACAUUUCAUCAUCUUGGAAGCUUUCAGAUACACAUGAAAAGGCACACUGGAGAUCGACCUCAUAAAUGUAAGAUAUGUGGGAAAGGCUUUGAUCGUCCCAGUUUAGUUCGAUAUCAUGAACGAAUUCACACUGGAGAGAAACCCUAUGAAUGCAAGCAGUGUGGGAAAGCGUUAUCUCAUAGCUCAAGCUUUCGAAGACACAUGAUAAUGCACACUGGAGGUGGACCUCAUAAAUGCAACAUAUGUGGGAAAGCUUUUGUUUAUCCCAGUGUAUGUCAAAGACACGAAAAGUCUCACAGUGGAGAGAAACCCUAUGAAUGCAAGCAGUGUGGGAAAGCGUUAUCUCAUAGCUCAAGUUUUCGAAGACAUAUGGUAAUGCAUACGGGAGAUGGGCCAAAUAAAUGCAAGGUAUGUGGGAAAGCCUUUGUUUAUCCCAGUGUAUGUCAAAGACAUGAAAAGACUCAUUGGAGAGAAACAAUAUGAAUGUAAACAAUUAUAAAGCCUUCUAUAUUUCCAGUUCCCUUUGAUAUCAUGAAUAAACUUACACUGGACAGAAACCCUAUAAAUGUAAAUGUGGGAAAGCCUUUCAUAAUUUUUAUUCCUUUCAAAAUCAUGAAAUAUGUCACACUGGAGAGAUGCUAUAUGAAUGUAAGGAAUGUGGGAAAGCAAUCAAUUUUUUUAAAAUACCAUUGUCAACAUAAAACAACUCACAAAGCAGAAAAACUCUGUGAGUGUAAAAUAUGUAGGGAAGCCUUCAGUCAUUUUGGUAACUUAAAAGUACAUGAGGCUGGGCACAGUGGCUCACGCCUGUAAUCCCAGCACUUAGGGUGGGCAGAUUGCUUGACCUCAGGAAUUUGAGGCCUGCCUGGGCAAAGUGGUAAAACCAUGUGUCUACAAAAAAUAGAAAAAUCAGCAGGUGUGGUGGUAUGCCCCUGUAGUCCCAGCUACUUGGGAGGCUGAGGUGGGAAGAUCUCUUGAGCCCAAGGGGUGGGGGUUGCAGUGAGCCAAGAUGCACUGCACUCCAGCCUGGGCAACAGAGCCAGACCCUGUCUCAAAAAAAAAAAAAAAAAAAAGCACAUGAAAAGAUUCACUCUGGAGAGAAGUCAUAUGAAGGUAAGAAAUGUAGAAAAGCAUUGAGUUCUCUCAGGUCCUUGCAUAGAAAUAAAAGGACUCACUGGAGAGAUACUCUAUAAAUGUGUGAAAUGUAGGGAAAUAUUCUUUAAUGUUAUUUCAGAUAGAAAUAAUUCUCAUUGGAGAUAAACCCUAUGAAUGUAAACACAUAGUAAAGCUUUAAUUAGCUUCAGUUUCUUUCAAAUACAGUUAUCCUCUAAUAUGUGCAGGAGAUUGGUUCCACCACCCCCUGGGCAUACAUAAAUCGACACAUGCCAAGUCCUUUUUUAAAAAUGACAUAUUUGGUACAAAAUUACCUGGAUGUGAUGGCACAUGCCUGUAAUCCCAGCUACUCAGGAGGCUGAGGCAGGAUAAUCACUUGAAUCAGGGAGGCGGAAGUUGCAGUGAGCCGAGAUCGCGCCACUGCACUCCAGCCUGGGCAACAAGAGCAAAACCUCUGUCACACAC